AUGCCACGAUCAAAACGAGCGCGAAAUGCUGUUGUGACUAACUUGCUAGGUCCAGGGUUGGAAAGGAAUGGAUUGGUUGCCCGGAAGAGGGUACGACUCAAGAUGGAAGCAACCCAGCGAAGAGUCCUUGAAGACACAUCGGCCGAAGUUAGAGCUGACCUUGAAGAACUUCAAAACAAUGGCUUUGCCCUUGAUACCGAUAAUGCGGAUGACUGGGUGGAUGACCCCGCGAUGGCAGAUGCUGGGCUGUUCCAAGAUGAAGGGCUUACCAGCAAACAAUUCUUGACGGUAAUGUCCUCCCUGUUCCCAAAACAGCGCAAGAAAAGUCACAUUUGGGGCCACCGCAUGGCCAGGCUCCACGCAGCUUGGGCAGAGCAGCUGAACGACCUCAUUGCCCUAUACCUUGAAUUCAAAACUACCAACCCUUCUUCUACACCAUCUCACUAUCCCCUGCCCCAAGACAACCUCAAUUACGUUUACAUCAAGUGCCUUGACAUAUUUGAUGGUAGUUCAUUUGAAUACAUACCCAGGCAGGAGACAGACAUCCAUCUUACAUACGCGCUGGUGCGUGCCGGCUAUCUAUCCCCUACUCCAACAGAGCCCCAAAUUGCGAUCUCCCUGCGAUCGCUCGAACUGUUAUACUCUCUUUUCCGAGCAGCGCCCGCUUUCAGUAUUCAACAUUUUACCUGGGUGGUUUCUGACAUACACAAGCCCUACUUAAGAACCCAAAUCUCAGUUGCUUUCGAUAUCUUCUAUCGGAUAUUCUUCCACCUGGAUAAACUCGUCAAACAAGCUGUAGGUCAGGUGGGGCCCAAUUAUCGUCUCAAAAAUUCCUGCCCUGCUUGUCACUGUAAGGUUGAAGAUGAGCCCGAACGCCCCAUUCAGCUCAUUGUCACAGCUGAUGGGAAUACCUCCCUCUCAAGGCUGCGCCACAAUUUUGCCACCGACGCCCGAGUCUUUCCCACCAGGUAUGAACAUUCCUCUUCCUUAGUUCACUCAGUAAUAUGUGCGACUUGUGAGAUGGAUGGCCCAGAGUCGUCAUUUAUAUCUGACAGCUGCCUAGCAUGGAAGAAUGCUCGGCCAAUGCCCUUGAAGUCGAAGUCGGGUGCCAUGCAACUCAUGGAUGAGACAGGACUUUUCUCUGUCGUUUGCCGACAUGGUAUCGUCCAAUUCCUUAUCGACAUGGUCCAGAGUGGGGAGUUAGCCAAAUAUCCAAUCGCUGCCGCUGAUCAACUCAUAUGGACGUUCGGCCACAACAUUCUAUUUGCAUACGAUAUUGGCUGCACAUUUUCAGCUACCCUUUCCAAGUCUUCCAUUGGUGAUAUGGCACGAGAAGCAAAAUUUAGGUGUUGUACUGGUUCUUUCCACGGUGCCGCUCACAACAGACUCUGCCAGCUCGAUUUCCUCAUAGGGCUACAGCAGGGAGCUGGAAUUGAAGAUGGCGAAGGCAAUGAAUGA